GAAACUGCGUGUCUAUACAUUUCGUGUUUAGCCGAACACAUAAGGGUCAACAAAAAACCGUGUGGAUAAUGGCGGAAGAAGAGGAAGAAUCGACCGUCACGAAAACGACGUCGUAUCUUCGAGCAGCGGCCGAAGGAAGAGGAAUCAGCCACGUGGAGAGUUUGAUCCUCCAUGGCCUGGAGAUCGUUCAUGUCGGACGAGGAAUCCUUCGUUGUAACAUGCUCCUCACGGAUCGCGUCUCCGACGGCGCCGGAAAUUGGAGCGUCGGAGCGAGGGCGGCGGCGAUGGAUACGAUCGGCGCCGUCGCCGUGUACUCCGACGGCGACGGGGUCUUCUCGUCCGUUGAUUUCAACUGCUCCUUCUAUUCGACGGCCAAGAUUCAGGAGGAAGUGGAGAUGGAAGCGAAAGUGGUAGGGAGGAAUGGAAGUCUGAAAUCAGCCAAAAUCGAAAUUAGAAGAAAAGGCAAUGGAGAUUUGGUGGCAAUGGGAAGACUGUGGAUGACGAAAUUUAGCCUCAACUUCAAGAGCAAAGCCUCUUAUCUAAGCAAGCUUUGAAUAAUCAAACCCCAAUUUUCUUUAUAUUAUAAUCUUAUUAUUUUCUUAUAAAAUUGGUAUCACCGUACAUAACAUUUGUUGCUCGAGUUAUUCAUCCAAGAAUUAUGAUCGAAUUAUCCAAAAUAAA